AUGCCGCGACUCUCAAAUUCUGGCUUCUCAAUAACCUUCCCUCAUGCUCUCGACCGCGCUCCACAGCCCAUCAGUCACCCCUCAGAAGCCUAUAUAAGACCCUCAUUCUGUCUCUCCCACCCAUUUCCCUCUUUCCCUCCUCCCUUCAUCUUCGCUUGCCCACUUCCCGAUUUGGACGUCUUGGCAAAGUCAACCCCACGUGAUCGCUCCUCGCUUAUCCUCGGCUUCUUUCCGCCGCUCAUCUCACCCUCCAGACUUCGCCCGUCGUCGAGGCCGUCGUCUGCGCGCAUGCUCUCACACUUGCGCUUGAAGACUAGGUUUGCGCUCCCUUUGGUUGUGCCCGACAUCUGGUGGGAACUGUCCAUGGCGGGGCACGGGCUGCUGGUGCGUCAUCAUACUGACUUUGUCUAUGUUUCGCUGACGGUCUAUGUCGUCACUGUCAGCUGGCGCGAAGCUCCAUUGGUGCGUGGGCUUCCAUUUACAUCCACUUUCCGCGCUGCGCCGUGUCUUUGCUCUCCAACUCCACAUGUCCUGUCGCUUCCACAUACUUACCCUACACGAACACGAUACCUCUUUCAAGUUCCCUCAUGCUUCACUGCCAUCCCGAGUCCUUCAUCUUAUCCAUCUGCCUCUGACCUGUGGACUAACGACGACCAGAUUCAAAUCUACAGCACGGUCAGUCUCUUGCGUGCGCUCGGUAUAUGCGAACGCUUACCCUCUCCAGUUGACCCUUCCUCCGCCGUCGGUCCUCCUGCGAAUGAACACGAAUACUCACAUUGUUUUCUCAGACUUGCUGUCAUCAAGUAUUCGCGUGCGCUGUCCCCCCCUGGGUUAUUUGCGGAAGACGGGGAGCUCGGCGUGGCCCGAAAUGCGCGGACGCGGCGCAUCGACAGCAAAGCUGCUGACAGCAAGUGCAAACUCCACAUACUUGUCUUCAAACCGCGACUUACCCUGCGUCAGAUCUGUUUGGUCGUUCCCCUCGUACUCGCUGUCCGCAUUACUGACCAAGGCUUGCAGAUGGAUAGCGAAGACACUUUCCCUUACCCGCUGCAGCCCCGUCUUCCCGCUGUUAUACUGCUGCCUCUCGGCGUCCUUGCUGUCCAUUACCGCCCAGAACGAGCCGCUGCGACCACAGCUGUCGAAACAGCAAUAUUCAUCUCAGUUUGA